GUUUUGGCUAAACAAACACACAUACAGUCGGUAAUAUUCCCAGAAUAUACGGCACCUAACAAGCUCGAGCGACGAGGUCCCCGCCGGUAGUUCAGCUAGCUAACGACUCGGCGCCGAUGUUUUAAAGCGGGGAAUCCCGGACCGACACCAUGACCGGAGGGGAUUCCCCGGCCCCGGACCCGGAUGUUGCACACUAUGGGCAACUCAUCAUAGCUGUCGCGGUAGUCACCAUGGCCGUGUCGGGCCUGUUCGUGGGCAUGCGACUCUGGUCAAGGGUGGUGAUUCUCCGCUCGGUUGCAGUUGAGGAUGCCUUCAUUUUGCCCGCCUGGCUCUUUGCCGCCGGUAAUUCGAUUUCCAAUCUCAUCCAAUUACAAUACGGCUUGGGACGACCAUAUGCUGCUUUAGACCCUGAUACGUUCGCAAUUUACCUUAAGAUAGGAUAUGCCACAAAUAUCAUCUACGCGCUGGCUCUGGCCUUCGUCAAAAUCUCAAUUCUCUGCCUCUACAUCCGCGUUUUGACAUAUAACAAUGUCCGUCGGGCGGCUAGAGUCCUCCUUGGGAUUGUUAUUAUCACCCAUCUCUGGAUUAUCGCCUCGCUCAUUACCGUCUGCAUUCCGGUGGAGGCCGUCUGGAAUCGUGCGCUACGCUCGACGGCUUACUGCCAUUCCUGGAAUGUCUACUGGAGCCAUUCCGGGAUCAACAUCACUACCGACUUUCUCAUCUUCCUGCUGCCGCUAACAGUGCUGCCCAAAAUCCGGGUCCCACAACGGCAGAAGAUCUUGCUGUACUUUGUCUUCCUGCUCGCCUUCUCUGUUUGUCUUAUUUCGAUUGUAAGAACCGUGCAGUUCGCACUCGGAUGGACCUUUGCCCAACCACCUAUAGAUCCGAUCUUAAACACAGUCCUCAUCGCGGUUUGGACGAUGCUCGAGGUCAACCUUGCUGUGGUCUGCGCCUGUAUUACCACCAUCAAGCCUGUGCUAGCCCGCAUCUUUCCCCGGCUGCUCACCCCUGAGAUAUCGGAAAGCAACAUGUCCGUGUCGUGGAACAGAGUUAUCGAGGAAGCGCAUGGUCGGCUGCGCCCUCGCGCUGCCAGCGACACAGGCACGCAAACACUCAGGGAGUCCGGUCAAUCCAGUGUUCAGACGAAGAAUAUCAGGACAGGAGAUGCCGAGGCCACAGAUAAAGGUGCGCAGUCUUCCGGUGGUUCCCUGACCUCAGGAGGUGUAGAGCGGCAAUUUGCUGGGCAUUGAGCCAGUCCGGUUCGGGUAGUUGACGGGAUCCUGUAGCUGUACUGCUAGUGAUACUUGGGUAUUAUCGUCUUUCCUAUACAUAAUGUUAAUAGAUCCUAUUCAUACCUUCCUCACGGUGUCAUCAAGUCGUGAUUAUCCCUGGGCA